AUGUCUUACAGAAAAAGUAAUAGAGAAGUUAAACCUCCAAAAAGGUAUACCCCUGAUCAGAAUGAAAAUCAUGAUACAGACAAAUUAUCAAAGAAUGUUUCUGAGAAUGGAAACAAUGACACUCAAGGAGUAGCAUUGAGACAACCCAGCAUUACUUCUAGUAGUUCAAGGAAAACAAAAAGUAAAUCAGCAACAUCAAGCAGCAGGAGACAAAUGGAAAUAGAACUUGAAAAGUUGGAGGAAAUACAAAAACUGGAACGAGAAAAUGAAGAAAAGGAGCUGGAAAGACAAAGACUGAUGGAGGAGAAGGAAAUGGAGCGACAACGGAUGGAGAAGGAAAUGGAGCGACAACGGAUGGAGAAGGAAAUGGAGCGACAACGGCUGAGAGACGAGAGGGAACUAGAGCGACGUAAACAAAUGCUGGAAAUAAGGGCUUCUAUGAAAUCACUAUCGGCAAAUGGUAGUCAAGUCUGCGGAUCUGAGGUAAGCAUAAGUCAAAGCUUAAUAUCUCAGAGAGAGGAGAGAGAAUCUGAGAGUAAAGUCGUAAAGUGGCUGAAUGAUAAUGAACCGACAGUUCAUCAGUGUUCAUCAACCGCUAUGACCACGGCUGCACAAUUACUAGCAGAUUCAGUCAAAAAAGUUAUUCAACCAACCUCUCUUUGCCGCCAACAACUACCAAACUUUAGUGGUAGACCAGAUGAGUGGCCUAUGUUCUUUUCUGCAUUUGAAAAUACGGUAAAAUUGUAUUCUGAUGAUGACAAUCUAGCUAGACUUAGAAACUGUCUUGAAGGCGAAGCCUUCAAAAUGGUGAAACCUCUUUUUGUUUCCAGUAAAAACUUGCAUGCCAUAAUUAAAACGUUACAGAUGCGUUUCGGUAAGCCCGAGUUUAUCAUUGAGUCUAUGAUGAACCAAUCUAGAAUGCUAGCCCCUGUAACUGAAGAUGAUAUUGUUGGCCUCAUUGAGUUUUCUACAACCAUUCUUAACUUUACCUCGACAGCUGAGUCUCUUCAUAUGGAGUACUACAUGAGAAACCCCCAACUACUCAGUGAACUGUUAGGAAAAUUGCCUUAUCAAAUGAAGUACCAUUGGGCUCAACAUGUGAGCAGUAUGUGUUUAACUAGACCUAGCCUAAGUGAUUUUUCAGAUUGGUUAGAGAGACAAUGUUCUAUCAUGAGUAUCUAUUUUCAUCCAAACGAGGACGUCCCGACUAGAAAGAAAAAUGACUUCAAACCUGUGUUGACCAACUCUUCAAAAGCAGCAGUUCCCGCAGUUGGCCCACUUACCUGCGUGUUCUGUGGUGGUAAGCACGAUAAUGACAAAUGCUCUAUACUUCGGAAAGCUGAUAUUUCCGAAAGGUGGAAAAUGGUAUGUGAGAAAAAGCUAUGCUUUUCUUGUUUCAAACGACAUCAACUUAAAUUUUGUAAAUCUAAAAGAGCUUGUAGUAUAAACGGUUGUAAGCUGUACCAUCACCGUCUCUUACAUAACUCCAAUCUUGAAAGACCUCCAAUGAAAAGAAAUGAGGGAGAGUUAAAAUCUAGAGAUGAAGUAAUCGGUAAUCAUUUUGAGAAUAACAUAUCAAACCGUGUUUUGCUUCGUGUUUGUCCUGUCACGUUGUACGGUCCCAAGUCCCAGGUAGAUACUUAUGCCCUUUUAGACGACGGCUCGACUGUAUCACUUCUGGAUUCAUCAAUUGCCGAUGAACUUGGUAUCCAGGGUGAGAUUCUUCCUUUGACAACAUGUUGGUCUAACAACACAAGACACUUUGAAUCUCAAUCAAAGAGAAUAGAUUUAAAAAUAAAAGGAUUUUACGAGGAUGAAAUCUUUACAUUGAAAGGGGUCAGAACUCAGUCCACUUUAGAGUUACCACACCAACAAAUAGACAGUGUCAAAUUGAGGAAAAACUGGCCACACUUAGACUCUAUCAACCAACCUCUUCCAAUAGCGAGUGUCAGGCCCACUCUCUUGAUAGGCCAAGACAACUGUAAUCUUAUUCUAACCCGUAAGAUUAUUGAAGGUCCUACUAACGCCCCAGUACUGUCAUGGUGCCUUCUUGGUUGGACUCUACAUGGGAAGUGUGCACAAUUCAGAGAUCGUGUGGAUGAGAAUUUUACCCUACUCUCAUAUGAAGAAUCUUCGCUUCAUGACAUGGUAAAGAAAUCCUUUGAAUUAGAGAAAUAUGGAGAAACAAGAUCAAACAACCUGAAAUUGUCCAUAGAAGAAGAACGUGGAGUAUCGAUCCUUGAGGAUACCAUAAAGAAAACAGGAGAUCAUUACGAAGUUGGUCUUUUAUGGAAAGAUGACGAAUUUAAUUUUCCUCCAAGCUAUGACAAUGCUCAUAGAAGAUUAAAUACUCUUGAAAAGAAAAUGGAAAGAAAUCUCGAAUUUAAAGAAGCUUACACAACCAAGAUUGACGAAUACAUGGAAAAAGGUUAUAUUAGAAAACUCAGCCCUGAAAAAGCUGCUAUCAUAACAGGUCGAACAUACUAUCUACCCCACUUUGGAGUAUCGAACCCGAACAAACCUAACAAAAUAAGAUUGGUUUUCGAUGCUGCUGCUAAAUCUCAUGGAGUCUCGUUCAAUGAUGCACUACUCAGCGGCCCUGACUAUUUGAAUCCAUUGCCAUCUGUGCUGUUGAAAUUCCGGUUGGGGAAAUUUGCCAUCGUGGGAGAUAUAAGGGAGAUGUUUCACCAAGUAAAUAUAAGAGAUGAAGAUGUUGACUCACAAAGAUUUCUGUGGCGAAAAGACAAAACCAAACCCCCAGAUACCUACAUAAUGAAAGCGAUGACCUUCGGAGCAACAUGUUCACCAAGCUCUGCACUGUUUGUUGUAAACCACAACGCAAGACAGUUUCAAUCUUUGUAUCCUGAAGCUAGUAAUUCCAUACUGACUAAAGAAUAUAUGGACGACCUGCUAGAUUCAACCGACACAGAAGAGGAAGCUAAACGACGUGUUCAAGAAAUAAUUGAGAUACAUAGAGCUGGAGGAUUCCAAAUUUGUAACUGGAUGUCUAAUUCAAAACAAGUACUUUCGAAAAUUCCUGAAAACCUGAAAGCCAGCCAAGCCAAACAUUUGAUGCCCGAUACUCGACUUCCUACAGAACGAGUACUUGGAUUAUGGUGGGACGCUGAAUCUGACUGCUUUGUGUUUCAUCGCAAUGUCGAAAAACUUGAAUUUCUCGAAUCCGAGUAUCCGACGAAACGAGAGAUUCUUAAAGCAGCUAUGUCAAUUUUCGAUCCUCUAGGUCUCAUUACCCCAACCACAGUUAAAGGGAGACUACUGGUUCAAGAUAUAUGGAGAACAAAACUAGGUUGGGAUGAUGUUGUGACACCUGAACUUAGUCUGAAGUGGAAAGCUUGGAUGGAUGAGGUCAAAAGUCUUCGAACACUGAAAAUACAAAGGUGCUACUUCAACACACGAGUCAGUGACUCAGUUGAACUUCACAUAUUUGUUGACGCAAGUGAAGAAGCUUUUGCUGCAACUGCAUAUCUGCGUCAGGAGAACAAAGACACUUACGAAACGACAUUGAUCAUGUCACGUGCCAAAGUGGCACCCAUCAAGAACCUGACUAUACCUAGACUGGAACUCCAAGCUGCCGUUUUAGGGUGUAGAGUAGCUUCUGCUGCCGAGCGAGAUUUGGGCGUUUCAAUCCAAAAGAAAACGUAUUGGUCUGAUUCUCAAACAGUCCUACACUGGAUUAAGUCAGAUCCAAAAAACUAUAAACAGUUUGUCUAUAAUAGAAUUGGAGAAAUCCAAGAAUUUUCUUCGGCAGAAGACUGGAAAUGGGUCCCGACAAAAUUGAACCCUGCCGACUAUGCGACUAGAAGCAUGAAAAGGUUCAAUUCUGACAUUCAAAACACAUGGCUCCAUGGUCCCCAAUUUCUAUCUUUAAACUGUGAACACUGGCCCGCACAACCACCGAACCUACAAGUAAAAGAAGACCAUGAAGCGAAACGCCAGUUUACCGGCUUACAUGCAGAUGUCGAAGCAAAACUAAUUGACAUUUCAAAGUUUUCAUCAUGGGAGAAACCGACUAGAAUUGUUGCUUGGAUUUUGAGAUAUGUCAAUAACUUAAAAUCGAGGUGCAAAUCAAACGACAAAACUCAACUUCGAUUUGGAGCAAUAGACUACAACAGCAUCGUUGAGCUGGAACCUAAAGAACUGAAAGCUGCCGAAGAAAUUCUUUUAAAAUCUGCACAGGAUGAAACCUUUGGUGAAGAAAGGAAACUUUUGAUGAGAAAGAAGUCUAUUCCGAAGUCAAGCCGCAUUUAUUCAUUCUCUCCAUAUUUGGAUUGUAACAACAUUUUAAGAAUGUCAUCAAGAACCUCAAACUCACCCGAACUGACAGAAGAUCAGAAAAAUCUUAUAAUAUUGGAUGGCCGACACUUUACUUCGAGAUUGAUAGGACAAAUGUAUCAUAACGAAUGUUUCCAUCAAGGUCUCGAGACAGUUGGGUGCAAGAUAAGAGAAAAAUUCUGGAUAACAAAUCUACGACCACUUCUAAAGAAAAUUAAGAAAGAAUGCAUGAGGUGCAGAUUGAAUUGUGCGAAGCCUGUUCCCCCUCAAAUGGCGCCUCUACCAGCAUUCAGAGUAACAAGAACUAGCCACCCGUUCUUCUACACUGGAGUAGAUUACUUCGGACCGAUAGAAGUAACUGUAGGGAGGAGACACGAGAAACGUUGGGGAGUUUUGUUCACAUGUUUGACAACUAGAGCUGUCCACUUGGAAGUUGCACAUUCUUUGAACACAGAAAGUUGUAUCAUGGCAAUCCAACGUUUCAUUAGCCGAAGACCCUGUCCAUCGGAGAUGUUCUCGGACAAUGGGACAAACUUUGUUGGCAGUGACAAAGAGCUCAGGAAUGCUACUAAGUGUUUAAACAAUGUCCACAUUCAGAGGAUCAUAUCCAGACAAGGUAUCAAAUGGAACUUUAUUCCUCCUCGAGCCCCACAUAUGGGCGGUUGCUGGGAGAGACUCAUCAGAUCAGUUAAAACCGCAUUAAAAUUUGUCAUGCAUUCCCAGUAUCCUAAGGAUGAAGAACUUCGAACCUUUCUUGUUCGAAUAGAAUUUAUCCUCAAUUCAAGACCACUGACUAAUGUACCAAUUGACCCACUCGAUCCGGACCCGCUCACUCCAAACCAUUUUCUUAGAGAAGCCUUCAAAAUAGAUAUCAAUGAAGACAAACUUUGCAGAAGGCAGCUAACUCGAGUUAAAACCCUUUUGGACAACUUUUGGAAAAGGUGGAUUCACGAGUAUUUACCCUGCUUGACAAGGAGGUGCAAAUGGCAUAAAAGAACUGUUCCGCCUGAAGUCGACGACUUGGCAAUAAUCAUAGACGAAGACAAUGCACGUAACACCUGGCCCCUUGGAAGAAUAUCUGCCCUAUACCCCGGUCGAGAUGGACAAGUAAGAGUUGUUGACAUCACAACACCAAAGGGUACUUUUCGGCGUCCGAUGACAAAAAUUGCCAUUCUACCUGAGGAGGGGAAAGAUGUUAAUGACUAG